AGGAGGAAGAAGGAGGAAAAAGAGACAGAGCAGGAGAGGAAAGAGAGAGAGAGAGAGAGGGAGGAUCCCCUGGAGAGCGAGAGAGGCUGAGCCCACAUGCCUGCGGCCAAUUAAAAGGAGCUUCUCUCGCCCUCAGGCUGGCUGAGCAGCGGAUUGUCGUAAUAAAGCCAGAAAUGAGGACCGGUCAGCGGCGGAGAGCAGUUGGGGGGAUGAAUAAUGCAGCUCAGCGUGGGUGUGGACCGCUGAACGUGUGAGGGAACCCUCCCCCCGCCCGCUCUGUGAGGUCAGAGCACGAGGAGAGCGAGGAGAGGCUGAGGAGGGAAGAGCAAGCCACGGUGGAGGAGGAGAGGAGAGAGAGCGAGGGAGCGUAGCAGGAGAGAAGGGGUGGAGGACGGAGUAUGUGGAGGGUGCAACGAUGACAGCCAUGCUGAGCCCUAAGAUCAGACAGACCAGGAGAGCCAGGUCAAAGAGCAUGGUGAUGGGCGAGGUGUCCCGCGGCUCGGGUCCGUCUCCUUCGCCAGGUCUCCAGGAGGGGGUGCUGAAGGCUGGCUGGCUGAAGAAACAGAGGAGCAUCAUGAAGAACUGGCAGCUGCGCUGGUUUGUGCUGCGCUCUGAUUACCUCUACUUCUACAAGGACGAGGAGGAAACUAAGCCUCAGGGAUGCAUUCCACUCAAGGGCAGUCAAGUGAACGAGAUCACAGCCAAUCCCGAGGAGCCUGGCCGACACCUGUUUGAGAUUGUCCCAGGCGCAGCUGGGGAGAAAGAGCGAGCAGCCGUCAGCCAUGAGGCCUUUUUACUCAUGGCCAACUCCCAGAGCGAUAUGGACGACUGGGUCAAGGCCAUCAGACGGGUCAUCUGGGCUCCUUUUGGAGGAGGAAUAUUUGGACAACGGCUGGAGGACACGGUUCAGUAUGAGAAGAAGUUUGGUCCACGUCUCGCUCCUCUCCUGGUUGAGCAGUGUGUGGAUUUUAUCAGAGAGCGGGGGCUGGAUGAGGAGGGUCUCUUCAGGAUGCCGGGCCAGGCCAACCUAGUAAAGGAGCUUCAAGAUGCUUUUGACUGUGGAGAUAAACCACAGUUUGACAGUAACACUGAUGUCCACACUGUGGCGUCGCUGCUGAAGCUGUACCUCAGAGAGCUUCCAGAGCCGGUCAUCCCCUUCUGCAAGUAUGAGGAUUUCCUCACUUGUGCUCAGCUCCUGGCCAAAGAUGAGCAGGAGGGACUACAGGAGUUGGGGCAGCAGGUAAAGACUCUCCCUCCUGCGAACUACAACCUCCUCAAAUAUAUAUGCAAGUUCCUGGAUGAAGUUCAGUCACAUUCUGCUGAGAAUAAAAUGAGCGUACAGAACCUGGCCACUGUGUUCGGACCAAACAUUCUCCGUCCUAAACUGGAGGAUCCAGUAGCCAUCAUGGAAGGAACCUCUCUUGUCCAGCAUCUCAUGACCGUGCUCAUUAGCAAGCAUGAUCGGCUGUAUCCUGAGCGAGACCCCGAGGCUCCUGAAGCCUGCACAGAGGUGAAAUCUCAAGACCUGCAACCCCAGCAGUCCAACCUGGUGGGAUGGAUCUCUGAGGAGGACCUCCAAAGCCUCACAACCGCAGGGAAAAACUCCAACGCCAGCGACAACCCCACCAGUAGCAGUGCCUCGUCCCUGGAUGGCAGCCCAGCAGGCCCUUCCUCUAAAUCGAGCCCUCAGGGAAAGGGCGAGACGGCGGUCAGCCCCAGCAAACAAGCCAAGACGCUGCCUUCAUGGAAGUACACCUUCAAAAGUUCCUCACCACGACCGCAGCCUGCCAAAAUCGGUGGGUCGUCAGUAGACGUCACCAACGUUUCCAGUGGGAACUGGCUCAUGAACGGGCUAUCAUCUCUGAGAGGUCACCGCCGCACCUCGACAGGGGAACGGGUCAGAGACUCAGGGUCAUCCCAGAGACUGUCCACCUACGACAACGUCACAUCGUCUUCGAGCCUGGGAAGCGCACCCAGUAUAGACAGCACUCCGUGGUCCACCUCGUCCUGCGAUAUCUCUAUCCCAGACUCAGGGAGUGACCACUUAGAGGCAGACUCUGGAAAGGAUCGCUGGACGGAGCCGGAGGAAAACCUGACAGACACGGUGCAGACUGCAGACGAGGUGAAAUCUAUGGAGGAAGAGGAUGCUAGUAUCACAGUGGAGGAGUACGUCAGCAGUGCCUGCUGCAGCAACAGCAACGUGGUGCCAGUCAUCACAGUUAUGAACGAAGACGCUGAUGAAAGCCCCUCGUCACUGGUCAGUGUGGUGUCUGCACUGCGAGAGGAACUGAGGAUCCAGAAACAGGCGUAUGAAUCCAGAAUCAAAAAGCUGGAAGAGUCGAGUGCGGCGCUCUGUGCCCAGAUGGAGAGGUUAGAACAUGAGAUGGAGCAAGAGAGAAAGAAGAAAAGAAUGCUGGAGAUCAAACUGCGGAACUCGGAAAGGGCCCGCGAGGACGCGGAGAACCGCAAUCGGCUCCUGGAAAAAGAAAUGGAGGACUUUUUCUCCACCCUGGGGGACCUGGCUCUCGGAGCUCGGACAAGUGAUAUUUAAACGAGCUUCUCCGUCUUAAAGAUGUGCAGGAAAAUAGCCACAAAUGCCUCUGUGGUCAACUGUGGGCAGCAGUGGCUCUGUGUCACCUCAGGUCCCUUCGGACAGUGUGGGGGGAUAAUUCCAUGUGUUCAAUGGUGAUCUUACGUUACUUGAUUGUCUUGACGGGGACCUAAAAGACGACCGUACGAAAGGCCUCAUUCAUCCGGACCUUCAGUUUACGUAUCACUGUGCAUGUAAGAGCAUCCACUUUUUACUAGGGAUGCACUGAUACAGAAUUUCUGGGCUGAUAACACUGUUCGCACUGAUACCGGUACUGCUAAAAGGUUUACCCUACAAUCUAUGAAGUUUGUAGAUAAAGGCCAUUACACACCGAACGAGACACGAAUAAACAUGAAAACGUAAAAAUUGCACCAAAAGUACACAAACCAGACGUUCCACUAUUUUCCGAAAAUAACGUAGGAAGAUUGUCUUCAAGUAAUAAAAGCAAAUCCUUUGUUCCUCAAAAAAUAGUGACAUUGAGUGCAAAAAAAGAAAGUUCUUCAAGGGUUCUUUAGUAAAGA